CAACCUCCUGAGUUAACUUUUGGGGUUGAAUUGGGCCCAAGUCUAUUGUUUCAACAUGGUAUCGGAGCCGGAAUUGAAGAUCCGAAAGGGAUCUUGAUACUUUACGAUCGUUCAUCACUUCCGAUCAGAUCUUCCGCUGCAGCGUAUCAUCAUCUUCGACUAAUCCUCUGACGAAUCAAUGGAGGAUUCUGCUGGAGAUCGUCGAACAGUAACAGGGAAUCAACCUCUUGAUCCGUAUGGUCUCACGGGUCAAGAUAAUCCAGGAUUGGCAUUAACCACGGCAAAAUUCACUGGAAGCAACUACUUCGCGUGGAAGAAGACGAUUACGAUGGCUUUAGGGGCUAAAUCAAAGCUAGGAUUCAUUGAUGGAACCUGUGCCAAGCCGGCAAUCACAGAUGUGAAUUAUCAACGUUGGAUCAGAACCGAUUAUAUGGUAACAUGCUGGAUUCUCAAUUCUAUGACACCUGAGCUUUCUGAUUCUUUCCUUUAUGUGAAUUCUGCUGAGGAAUUAUGGUCUGAGAUUGGAGAACGAUAUGGACAUACCAAUGCGCCUCUCAUAUAUCAGACACAAAAGGAGUUGAAUGAAGUUCAUCAAGGUAACAUGUCUGUUUCGGCUUAUUUCACAAAACUCAAGAAGUAUUGGGAAACCUUGCAGGAGCUGAGUAAAUUUCCCACUUGUGAAUGUGGAAAAUUAGAGGAAUGUGACUGUGAUUUCCUUGAAAAGUGGACUGCCAUAGAAAACAGGAACAAAUUGAUGCAGUUCCUGAUGAAGCUUAAUGAUGACUAUGAGGGAGUUCGUAGUAAUAUGCUAGCAACAGAACCACUACCUACUUUGAGUAGAGCCUUCUAUGUUAUUCAACAAAUUGAGACUCAAAGGAAUGUAACUCGUAGUAUGCCAGAGUCAUCAGCCUUCUUGGUGAACAAUGAGUCUUCUAGGACAUUUCAAUACAAAAGAGAUGACAAAAGACAAAGACCAGGUGAAAGGAAAUACUGCAGACAUUGCAAAAGUGAAGGUCAUUCCUAUGAACAAUGUUUUGAAAGAAUUGGAUAUCCAGAUUGGUACAAAGGCAAGAAAAACAAGAAGUUUGGAGUGAAAAUGGCAGCCCACACAACCUCUUUUGAAAGAACAAAAGAUUCUGGGUUGGAAUCUCCUUUUGACAACAUUGGUAGCAGUCAGCAUAGCAAAUUACAGGUUGAUCCAGAGCUUGUUACAGCCAUAUAUCAAGAAGUUGCAAAGAUAUUCAAGGGAAAGGCUACACUGGAAGAACACCAUGAUUUCAGUUCACCCACUGCCAAUUUCUCUGGCACAAACUUUUCAGGUAUAGCUUCUGAUCCUGCCUUUGUUCUUACUAGUUUGAGUCAUAAUGUGGAUAUUAAAGGUCAAUGGAUAGUUGACACAGGACCCUACCACUAAAAGGAUCUUGGCCUCGGGAGAAGGAUGUCAUGGUCUUUACACACUUCAAGUCUCCACUCCCUGUUUUAAAGCUGUUCCAGCUGCUCAAUCCACAACAACUAGUUGUCCUAGUUCAUUACAUUCUUCUCUUAAUUCAGUUGUCAAUGUUUCAAAUAAAGAAUCUUUGUAUAA